AUGUUUAACUCGGUCAACCUGGGCAACUUCUGCUCGCCUUCGCGCAAGGAGAGGGGCGCUGACUUCGGCGAACGAGGGAGCUGCACCUCCAACCUCUAUCUGCCCAGUUGCACUUACUACGUGCCUGAGUUCUCCACCGUCUCUUCCUUCCUACCCCAGGCUCCCUCUCGUCAGAUUUCUUAUCCCUACUCAGCCCAAGUGCCCCCGGUCCGGGAGGUCUCCUACGGCCUGGAACCGUCCGGGAAGUGGCACCAUCGGAACAGCUACUCGUCUUGUUAUGCGGCGGCCGACGAGCUUAUGCACCGGGAGUGCCUGCCUCCUUCCACAGUCACUGAGAUCCUCAUGAAAAAUGAAGGCUCCUACGGCGGCCACCACCACCCCAGCGCCCCGCACGCGGCCCCCGCCGGCUUCUACUCCUCAGUCAACAAGAACAGCGUCUUGCCCCAAGCUUUCGACCGCUUCUUCGACAACGCCUACUGCGGUGGGGGAGAUGCGCCCGCCGAGCCCCCCUGCUCCGGCAAGGGCGAGGCCAAGGGGGAGCCUGAGGCGCCCCCCGCCUCGGGACUUGCGUCCCGGGCAGAGGCCGGUGCUGAGGCCGAGGCCGAGGAGGAGAACACGAAUCCCAGCUCGUCCGGUUCUUCCCACUCGGCGACCAAGGAGCCGGCCAAGGGAGCCGCCCCCAACGCCCCCCGCACCCGCAAGAAGCGCUGCCCUUAUUCGAAAUUCCAGAUCCGGGAACUGGAGCGAGAGUUUUUCUUCAACGUGUACAUCAACAAAGAGAAGCGGCUGCAGCUGUCCCGGAUGCUGAACCUGACAGACCGACAAGUGAAAAUUUGGUUUCAGAACAGGAGAAUGAAAGAAAAAAAACUGAGCAGAGACCGGCUGCAGUAUUUUUCAGGAAAUCCACUGCUGUAA